GAAAAUUAUUUUUUACAGAAGGGAGAAAAUAUUCAAAGAGAUGAUCUGAAAUAUCUACCGCUGCAGAGAGACAAAAAGCUAAGCAAACGUUUUCUGUAGGCCGGUGAUAGAUGUCGCCAGAUAGCAGUCAACUGUGCUAGGGAAGAACUGGCGCGAUUUGAACGAGUUCAAGAAUAACCAGGAUGUUUCUAAAUUGUGCAGACUUCGUCAAUGACGAUUUUCAUGGUUUUCUGACAUACUUAAAAGACAGAAUUCCUUUGCUUGUUUCUCUCUUCUAAUGCCACUGCUGCUCAGUUGAUAGCAUUAUGACUAAUAUGCCUCAUUUGUAUCAAGAGUAGAUGUUGUUUCUGUUUAGAUCUAAUCUAUUUGUUUUUGUUUGAAACUGAACAAUGGCUUACAAAGUUUUAUACAACCACAAGAAUGUGAAAUCGUUUGGUAAUGCUGUCGUAUCGUGCUCGAAAUAUUCUUUAUGUUUGCUAGAUUUGUUUUACAGCUGAUCUCAUUAAAUUUAUCAAUUCAAAAAUGAUUAUGGAAAAACCAAACUGGUCAUUCUAUCCGGGCGCUCAAGUGAUAAUGGAACAACGAUUAUUGGAUUUUGUAAGAGCAGGCUUGAACGGUGAAGAAACAUUAGAAUUACCGGUAUUAGAUAAAAAAAAAAAACCAAUUCAUCGUACACCUACUAUUUGGAAGGUGACGGAAACGGUGUGUCGUGAUAUGAAAUUGGUUUCAAAAGAGAAAGUUGGUACACAAACGAAUGGUGAUGAAGAUAAUUCGACAAAACGUCGAAAAACAAGUGAAAGAGGUAAUAAAAUAAAAAUCUCUUUUACUUUUGUCCCAGGCGAAAAAAAAUCGUUAGAAACGACACGAAAAACGCGUUUUUUCCGAACGCGUUAGCGAACGAUCGUUAAAAGAGUCGUUUAAACGCGUUUUUUGUCAUUCAGAAGUUUAGAAUAACGCGUUCUUUGACAACGCGUUUGCUAACGACCGUUAAAUUAACCGUUUUCUGGCGUUUUUGUUAAACGCGUUUUCUAACGACGUUAA